AUGAAUGGGGUUAAUUCUCCUAACUUUAAACAAAAUAUAUAAUAAGAAGAAGAUGGUAACUAGCAAGUUAAAAGAGAAGAAGCUAAAAGAAAGUCUUUUACAAGCGUCUAAGGUUACACCUUGCAUGAGAUAUUAGGAAAAGGGUCUUUUGGCCAAGUUUUCAAAGCAACCAAAAACAACAAGGUUUAUGCAAUUAAAAUGAUAGAUAAGCCAUUGAUUCGCAAGAAGAAUUUGCAGAAAUAUGUAAACAAUGAAGUUAAAGUAAUGCGUGAAUUAAAGAAUUAAAAUACAGUUAGGCUUUACGAAGCAUUCGAGGAUAAAGAUAUCCUCUAUCUGGUUAUGGAAUAUUGCAAUUAAGGAACAUUAUUUAACUAUAUUCUAAAAAAUAAGCCUGAAGAAACUGAAUGUGUCAGAAUCUUUGUUUAGAUUCUUAAAGGCUUCAUUGAAAUACAUGAGAAGCAUAUUCUUCAUAGAGAUUUAAAGCCCAGUAAUAUUUUCAUUAAAGAUGGAGUCUUUAAAAUUGCAGAUUUUGGGUUAGCAAAACCUAAAGCGCUGGGUAGUAGCUACUGCGGUACAAGCUACUUUAUGGCUCCUGAAAUUCUUUAGAAAAAACUCCAUGAUUAUAAAGUAGAUUUGUGGUCAAUGGGAGUAAUACUUUUCUUUAUGAUUUUCAGAGAAUAUCCAUUUAAGAAUUCAGCCAAACUUCUAGAUGAGAUAUAGCAAAAAACAAAUCCUUAUUUUGACCCAUACAAAUGUCUUAAGCAUCCAAAGAACACUCAGUGUUCACCUAAUCUAUUAGAAUUAUUUAAAAGAAUAUUUGUAAUAGAUCCUACCAAGCGUAUUUCUUUUAAGGAGUUAUAUGAUACUGAUUUGUUUAGUGGCUACUUUUCUGCCAAUGAGCUUCGCCAUUCUUCAAGGAUAUAUUAAGAUCUAGAAAAAAAACCUCCUUAGAAUUAGGAAAACGAAGAAAAUAAUGAUGAGGAAGAAGAUGAGGAGGAAGAGCAUCCUAAAGAGGAAAUGACCAAGACUAAGACAUCAAAGUUUAAACCCUCUAAGGCUUCUGAAGCAUAGUUUUAAUCUCUAAAUAAUAUUCAAUAAUAAACAGAAGGAGGUCAGCAAACUUCCUCAAAGAAUACUAUCAACCAGUAAAUUGGAGCAGCAGUUACAACUUAAUACGUAAAUGGAGAUAGCGAAAAUAAACUAAGCGAAUAAAUUAUAAGCCUUGAUACCAAAAAUCAAAAGAACAACUAAAAUUCGUAAUCAAAUAAUAUGAACAAAUCAAUAAGAACUAAUUUAACUUUUGAAUACAAGGAAGUUAAGAUAAACAUGUCUAACCAACAAAUACAAUUACAAAGUAAUGAUUCAAGGUUCGACCAUGAUGAGCUAGAGAUUAACAAUGACGAAUCACCAUAAAUAUAACUCAAAAAUAUCAAAAUGUAUUAAAAUAAUCAUUAGUUUGGACCCAAGGCAUUCCAAGAACUCUAUACUCUUCCUAAUUCUAAGACAAAAAACUAUGAUGAAAUGGAUUCAAUUCCAAAUGCCCCAUCUUCAUUCUAAGUAAACAACUUAUCUCAUAACAGUUUACAAAAUUUUGCUCAAUAGAUAGAAAAUGGAAACGGAAAUGCAACUACAGGUCAGUAAUUCUCAUCUUCUAAAAGUGUCUAAAUUGCUUCUAAAUAUGGCAAGACCAAAGAAAAUGUAGCUGAAGAAAAUGAAGAUGAAGAAUAAUCUGUAGGUGAAAAGAAAUAGGAAGACAACGAAAGUUAGCCAAUCUCUUUCCCUGAAAAAGAAGAAGUUAGUAAUGAUUCAAACAUGAAGAAAAUGCCAAUUCGAAAGGCACCUUCAAUGCACAUGAAUAUGGUCGAUUAAGCAGUAAAAGACAAAUUAAGAAAAUAAAUUAUAGAAGAAUGUGAAUAGGUGUUUGAAAGUCAUGCAUAGAUAUAUUUGUAUGAAAUUGGAAUAUACAGUAUAUUGGGUGAUACUGUUGACUCAUUAAAUGUACUCAAUCUGGGAAGCUCUACCUAAUCUCUGAUAAAUUAUUUACUUUCCAAGUUAUUGUUAUUUUUUGCUACAAAUCUCUACAAUUCUCUUUAAAAUACUGCAAAUAUAUUCAAUUUACAAUACUUUAAUUAAUUUGCUUCCAGUCCAACUUCUCAGCUUUUGAAAGGGAAAAUCACGAGAGACAUCGAAUAAUGGAGUAUGAAAUUCAGUCUCUUCUAUUACGGAAUAGAUUAUGAAUAAGAUAUCCAAUCUGCUGAAGUGAGAAAGGUAGUGACUGAGGAAUUGAUUGAGACAGAUUUUGAUACCUAACUAAAAAUCCCCAUUCGUCUAGUAUUAGAUUUAAUCUUCAAGGCUUCCUACAAAAUGGGUAGGACUUGCACUAAUCCUCUUCAAUCCUCUGCAAUACUGAGAACUUCGCUUUAUAUCCUAUUAUCUAUGCUAAUAAAUAAUAUUUUUGAUAAAAAUAAGGUCAAGGACUAUUUAAUAUAUUACUUUUAAGAUCCAAAAAACAUAGGGGCAACUUAAAUAGAUUUUGUAAAUUUUUCCCUUUGGACAGCUCAAGCAUCAAAAGAAAUACUUUUAGAAUAAAUUCAUCACUUAAUUAAGGUAUUCUUUGGUGAAAAGAAGCUUUAAAUCUUGAAAACAAGACUUUGA